AUGGAGAUUGUUAAGGAAACAGUUCACUUAUUUUCUCAUGCUGAUGAAGAGAAUGGAAUGGCUUAUGAGCCAGAUUAUCCCUCAGCUAUUCAUAGUAGCCAAGACGUUGUGAUGGAUGAUACAAUUCUUUCAUCACAUAAGAAUAAAAAUUAUGAUCACUUUUCUAAAACUCUUGGAGACAGCCUUUGUCAAAAGCUCGGUGAGCUAUCUGAAGAUUCGUGUAACGAUCCUACUAUUUUUAAAUUACCUAAACAUCUACGUAAAGUGAAUGAAAAGGCUUAUGAACCACAAAUACUUGCAAUCGGUCCUUAUCACCGUGGUAAAAAACACUUAAUGGCAAUGGAAACGCAAAAAGUGCAAAAUCUGAAAAAGCUUCUCGAAGACGACAGAGGGAAAAAAUAUGUGGAAGGAUGUGCCUUGGCCAUGAGGGAAUUGGAAAAAGAGGCCCGGGCUUGCUAUGUUGAAUCUGAACUUGAUGGAGAUCUAAAAACAACAGAUGCGUUUGUUGAAAUGAUGCUCCUGGAUGCUUGCUUCAUCGUUAAGCUACUUGGCGGGUACACUCCUGGACCACAUAAUGAAGCUCGGAGGAAGGAAACGCCGGCUCAGUUAUCGCACAGGUUUGGAACAUCAAAACACAUAAACUUUGAUGAUAAUAUCCGCAAAGGGGGUUGGAUCAUGAGCGCCAUACGCCGUGAUUUGUUAUUAGUUGAGAAUCAACUUCCCUUCUUUGUUCUUCAUGCGUUCUUUGUCGAAAUGAUGAAGGUUCAAGACAAGGGAAAUGAUAACAAUAUCUGUGACUUGAUUCUUCAUUUCUUUGAUGAUUUGGUUCCCGAUCGUAAACUGAAGAAUAAAAUGUUCAAAAUCGAGAGAAUCAACCAUGUCUUGGAUUUAAUACACUUGAACUGGUCUCCUUUUUCUUCAGAAACAGGGAAAAUUGUGGGCCCGAGAGUUCUAGAUGAGGAGGACAAAUGGGGAUUCAUUCGUUGCGCCACAGAGUUGAAAGAGGCUGGAAUAAAGUUCAAGAGUCCGAAGGUCGAUGAGAAAAAUGCAAGCAGUUUAUUCGGUAUAAAAUUUGAAAAUGGAAUAAUGAAGAUUCCAAUGUUGAAAAUUGAUGACAACAGUGAGUCUUUCUUCCGAAACCUCAUCGCGCAUGAGCAGUUCUUACAUGAUCCAGAUUACAGUUAUGUGACUGAUUAUUUGAAAUUCAUGAAUUGCCUCAUGAACACCCCCGGAGAUGUGGAAUUACUAUGUCAAAGUGAAGUUGUUCAAAAUGGGUUAGGCGAUGACAAAGUGCUUGCCAAUAUGUUCAAUAGGCUUUCCGAUAAUGUCACCUUCUUUCCAGCCUCCUUCAGGUACUAUGAAUUAUUCCUGCAAGUCAACUAUCACUGUGGCAGGAGGUGGAACAAAUGGAAAGCCAACUUAAGGCACAAAUAUUUUAACACUCCAUGGGCACUCAUUUCCUUUAUUGCUGCUGUCUUCCUGCUUCUACUCACUGUAGCACAAACUGUGUUUACAGUUCUUCCAUACGUCUAAUGAAUGACAAGUCCUCUGGCCUCUUCCAUGAAGCUGCUGAAAAGUUUG